AUGUCCGGUAAAGACAAUAAUUGUUCUUCCACCGGUACUUCAAGUGCAGGAGGAUCUAGUGAUAACUCACUUGAGCAGUCCACUCCAUUUAACUUUAGUAAUUUUGGGGUUCUAGCUGUGUUUUGUAUUAUACUAUCACUUUCAUCUAGCACAUAUCAUAACUGGCCUGCCAUAGAAAGGAGCCUGGUGAAUGAUAGAGUAUUUCAGCAUUUGUGUACUGAGAAUGAAAUACGUGAAUCUAUUCCUGAUAUGUACGUGUGUGACAAGCAAAGGGAUGCGAUCGGUAACCUAUCACUCAAUAUAUUCCUAUUCGAAUUCAUCGCAUACUCUAUCGGUGGUCCCUUGGUUGACAUUGUUGGUGUAUACUUAGUUAUGAUUGCCGGCUUUGCUUUUGGAUUUUACGGAUUCAUAUUAUUGUACUUUUAUCAUGAUAUCAGUUUCAUUGUCAAGUUUAGUUUUUGUUGCUGGGGGAUGUUUGGUGGACUGAUCAUUAUCACAUCCAUUCACUUUGCAAGAAUGUUUCCCAAUGCCCAGAGUUUGGCCGAUGGAAUGAUGAUAUUUUUUGAGAAUUUUGCAUCCGUAAUACCUUUGGUGAUAUAUAAACUUAUUAAGAGGUUUGGUAUUACUUAUUAUGAGGGUUAUGGAGCCUAUAUAAUUUGGGGAAUAGUACCAUCAUUUACAUUGGCAUUGUCAUUUAUGCCCAUAAAAAUCAUUUCAGAAAAGAACAAAUCUAGUACUAACUGCCUUGCUAAAUUUUUUGAUUUUGAUUUUAGUUCUUUAUCUCAAAAGUUAAUAUGCUGGCAGUUGUGGGUAAAUCUGAUUGUAUUUUCAAUUCCAGUAACAUCUGCCAUGUUUUACAGGAAGACUUUCUCUGCAUACUUCCUUAACAACCCUAACCUUCAGAGGAUAUUCCCAUUAAUCUUGUUGUUUGUAUUUCUUCCAAUACCAUUCAUAUCCGCCCUUGAUCAGUUCUUAAGUGUACAUUUAACAUCAGCUUUCCUGUACAUUCUUUACAUAUUGGCAUUUUUAUGUUUUUUCUAUAGAACCGAAACACAUGGUCUUAUUUCAAUGGUUUUGUUCUGUAUUGCACACUCUGCAGAGCAUCAGAUCAUGCAUUACAUAAGCAAAACCCAUAAGGAGUUUGAAUCAACACUAAUGGGCAUAUCAUAUUCUGUUGUUUUUGUGGUUGGGUUUAUUUCCCAGUUUGUUUUUGAUUGUAUCUAUAAGAUUUCACCAAAACUCGCACUGUAUACUAUCAUUUCACUUCUUUUUGCUGCAACAAUCUUUUCAGUGGCAUUUGAAAUUGCUAAACGUGAUUGUGAUUCUAGUAAUAAUAGUGGUUCUCAAGAACAAUCUUCUCAUCUCAAUCUUAAUAGGCUUAGAAUUGUUUAUGUCAUUCUCUGGUUGUUUCCAUUUAUAUUUCUAUCUAUAGUUCUUUCCUUUAAUUCUUUUAUGAAGAGUGAAAAAUCAGAAUCGAAAUAUUGCAUAUGUAAAAUGCCUUAUUACUGUUAUCAAAAAUUAGUUACAACAACAAUGGUGUUUUAUUCAUUUUCAUUUUAUUACGCUUGCACCGUGUUUACUGUUAUUUCAACAAUUUUUAAGUUUUGUAAAUUGGUCUCAUUUGAGUAUGAUAUGCAUAGAUUUAUAUGGCUUUUAAUAUAUCUUGGUUGCUUUUUCAUCGUUUCGCAUUUUAUCAUUGGGCUACAGUUUCAAUUUACGGACAAAAAACAAGAAUCCAUUUUAAAGUUACUUAUAGUUUUAUUCAUUUGUAAAAUAUUCUUAUUCGUGUACUCCAAAAUGAACCCUAGCAAAACUGUCAUCUUCCUUUUCUCAGGGUUUCUUGUUAUUUAUGGAUACACUUUCUUCUUGUUCAUUCAUAUGCUUACCUAUUAUAAUUUUCAAAUCACAUACAUUGAAAGGUCAUACAUCUUUAGUUUGAUACAUUGGGGACGAAUGUUCACAUUAUUUUUGUUACUUAGGUUUUUCUAUAUUAAAGUUUCAAAAUAUCGUUUGGGAUAUUAUUCACUAUGGGCAUUUAAUACUGGUUAUUUUACAUUUUUUGCUAUUCAAUUAAUUUAUUAUUUUUCAUACGAGAUGGAUAGAGUUUUAAGUUUUAGUAUAUGCAUUCUACCUGUUCCUAAAUUUAAUAAAUUAUGUCUUCCUCAUAUUGAACCCAGGUCAUUUUGUGCUAAACUUUUUAGUGUGAUACUUGUAAUUUCUAAUCUGGCAAUUUUGAUUAGUUUUGAGUUUUGUUGGACUUUAAUCGUAGUAUUAAUUUGGUUUUGUUUUAAUGAUUUAAUAACUGCUAUCUGUUUCACUUAUAUUAGGGAAAAAUACAAAGAAGAACAUUCCAAUAUGAUUAAUUGGUUUAUCUUACCAAUAUCAUCCGUCUCAUUGGCUCUGUUUCUGGCUCUAUUUAUAUGUCAUGUUUUCAUGUCUGACAAUCGAUUUAAUAAUAACCCAUACGUUUAUGUAUUGCUGAUUUGUAGCUUUGGUGUCUUGUCCUAUUACUCAAAUGUCUCAUGGUUUCACACUCAGUACGAUUUACAGAGCUGUUGCUGCAAAACAGAAAGCAGUUGUGGAUGCAAAACUAAUGGCAGUUGUUGUUGUUGUUUUACCAAGAACUGUAUUUGUUGUAUAUGUCGUAAAUGCUGCUGUUGUAAACAACCAACUCCUCAAUGCGGUUGUUGUAAAACAUCUGCCAACGAAUGUUGUUGUACAGCUGAUUCUUGCAAUUGCUGUAAGAGUACCUGUGAUUGUUGUUCCUCCAAAUCGGCAUGUUGUAAAUGCUGUACUAAUUGUGAAAAAUGCGUUUGUAUAUGCUUAAAAAGAAUUAUAAAUAAAGACAAUAAUAUCAUAUUUUGUUUUUUUGAGUGUAAUUUUAAAUCUGCUGAUCAUGGAUUUUUUGCAUUUUUUACUGGAAACAAUAUUGGAUGGUUGUUGUUCAUAGGCUACUUUGCCUUGUCAAAAGAACAAAAUGUAUUCUUAUCAUUUAGAUGA